GACUUCUCUCAAACUGGUUUUUAGUCCAGUCACCCUGAAAGUCACUGUCUCUGCCUCGGAUUAAUAAAGAAAAAUGUCCAGCAGCCACAGACUCCUGGUGGAAAAUGCCCGGCAGCUGGUUCUGAUCUGCAGCGGUGGAGAGAAAUACCUGACGGAACAUGGGAUGAAGAAUCUGUGCGUGAUAGAAAAUGGCAGCGUGGUCGUUGGAAGUGACGGACUGAUCAAAGCUGUGGGACCAGCAGAAACCAUCAGAGCUCAGUACUCAGAGGCAACGUUUGACAAAGUCAUCGAUGCUUCAGGAAUGUGCGUCAUGCCUGGCCUGGUGGACGCUCACACUCAUCCAGUCUGGGCUGGCGACCGAGUCCAUGAGUUUGCGAUGAAGCUGGCAGGGGCCACCUACAUGGACGUGCACCGGGCCGGCGGAGGGAUCCACUUCACCGUGGAGCACACUCGGGCCGCCGCGCCCUCUGACCUCCUGGCCUCCCUCAGCAGCCGGCUGGCUCGGAUGCAGCGAGCCGGCACCACCCUGGUGGAGUGUAAGAGUGGCUACGGCCUGGAGCUGCAGACGGAGCUCAAGAUGCUGGAGGUGAUCGACGAGGCCAGACGCACGCUGCCCAUCAACAUCUCCUCGACCUACUGUGGAGCUCACGCCGUGCCCAAAGGGAAGACGGUGGCCGAGGCCACGGAGGACAUCCUGCAGGUCCAGCUGCCUCGGCUGAGGGAGCGCAUGUCUGCUGGGAAGCUCCGAGUGGACAACAUCGACGUGUUCUGUGAGCAGGGAGUGUUUGACCUCGGCUCCACCCGCUCCAUCCUGCAGGCGGGGAAAGACCUGGGCCUCAACAUCAACUUCCACGGGGAUGAGCUUCAUCCCAUGAACUCUGCUCAGUUGGGAGCAGAGCUCGGGGCCCUGGCCAUCAGUCACCUGGAGGAGGUCACGGAUGAAGGGAUCAACGCCAUGGCUGAGGCAAAAACUGCUGCAGUCCUUCUACCGACCACAGCGUACAUUCUGCGGCUGCCCCAGCCUCGGGCCAGAGACAUGUUGGACGCUGGAGUGAUCGUGGCCCUCGGCAGUGACUUCAACCCCAACGCCUACUGCUGCUCCAUGCCCAUAGUCAUGCACCUGGCCUGCGUCAACAUGAGGAUGUCCAUGCCUGAAGCUCUGGCUGCCGCCACCAUCAACGGAGCCUACGCCCUCGGACGCUCCGACACACACGGAUCCCUGGAGGUCAACAAGCACGGAGACCUGCUGGUCCUCAACACCUCACGCUGGGAGCAUCUGAUCUAUCAACUGGGAGGACACCAGGAGCUCGUCCGCUACGUCGUCAUCAAGGGAAACGUUGUCUAUGAUAAUGAGACGAGCACAGACUUGUAAUCACACGAGUGGAAUGAGUGAAGGUCCUUUUAACGACACUGUGUCCAGGCUUCAGUGUUUCUUAGAAGUGUGUCAUUAAACACACACACACACACACACAACACAAAUGCUCAGUUGUUAAACACCUGCAGAAACUCGGAUAUUAUUUAUAUUUAUCAGAAUGAAAUUUUUAUCGUUAUCUCCAGUGUUGUUUAGAUUAAAGUUGUUUUACAGGUGAAACUGAAACCUGCUUCCUCAGAUUCUCUUUCUCUGUGAAAUACAUCUGCACAACAAGCAGGAGAAUCAUCUGUUCAAGUAUUGGUCCUCUCAUGUGACCUUUGUUCAACCUUCCGAUGACCUGAUGAUUCUCCUGUUCUUAUCUGUGUCAUCACGACGAAAACCAAGAGUCAAGAGUUCAACGAGUGACGAGCGCUCUCUGCUUUUAUUGAUCAUGUUAGUGAUAUGUUACACAAUUACUUUAUAUUAUUCCACAGGCAUCACUUAAAAAACUACAAAAACAUUUUUCUCUUCAUGCUUCUUCAGUCGAGUUCUGAUUUCCACUCAGAUACUUUGAACACGUAACAACUUGUAACGUGAUUUAAAAAAAAAACUUCUAUUCACAACAAUAACUGAUAAAGGUGAUAGAAGUUCGUAGUGGCACACACACACACACACGUUAUCUGGCUUAUUUGGACUAUAAACAAAAGGUAUGAUGGAGCAGAUGUGAUAUAUUUCAUUAACCGUGUGAGUCCUGUCAGGCUACGUACUUCUUCCCCCCUCGGUGGAUCUGUUGGUAGAGCGUCAUGGAGAAGGCCAUGCCGAGGAGCUGGAGAGGAAAACACACACAUGAGAAGCUGCUGCUGUUUCAUAGUGAUCUGUGGACUCCAGGCUACGUCCACAAUUUCAUUUCAAGACUCUAGAUCCACCAAAAUGACAUGUUCAUCAGGUUUUUGACGUCAUAUGAACAAACAAACAAACAAACA